CAGUUAGCAGGUGUAUUAAGAUUGGAACGGUAGGAUUGCUAUUACGGUGUAGAUUUUGAUAAAGAAUUAGACGUCGAUCUCUCGUUGUCUAAAUGUGAUCGCGACUGUGGAAAAUUUCGUUGCCUUUUCCGUAUAUUGAACGGAACGGACGUGUCGCUCGAUAUGGUGAGUGAAAUGUGGAACUGCGUUGACACUUGCUUCGAAAGAACAUAGGAUGUGUCAGAUGAUGUAGAAAAAUCAUGGGAUCAUCCCUGGACCACAGAAGAGAUGAAGAAGAAGAGGAGGGAAUGGAGUUUGGCAGGUGAUGUUGGACUUCUCAAGCAUCUUCAACAAUUUUCUGAAAAUCUUGUGUCUAAAGCUAACAAAACUCAGGCUGCUCUAGACACAUUAACGACUCAGUUGAAAGAAACAGAAAUACUGGUGGACAAUGUUACCAAUACAUCUUUGGCUUUAGCCAAUACUCAAUUUAUUGAGAGUCGUGUGCAGGAGGAUGACAUAGAAAUUAAGGAAAACUCUGAGGAGAAGCAAGAAAAUGUAAAGCUUCAAGAUUCAACGCCGGAGAGUCUUUUAGCCAGCAUAAGUGAGAGUGUUAAGCAAGGUUUAAACAUAAUGGAUGAAAAGUACAAAGUGAUGGAUGUAGCUUGUAGCGACAGCGAGGAAGAAGACGAUGGUGGUGCAGUAGUAUUUAGCGUCAUUGUAGGACCCAACGAUCCGUACCAAGAUCGACCGUUGCCAUACGUUAUCGGCUCCAACAAGUGGACCACGUCGAAUAAGAUUGGUUUGGAGAGCAGUAGCAGUGAGUCGGAACAAGCCGACGAAGAAAGAGACGAAUCGGAGAGCGAAAAAGAGGAGGCGCAAACGAUGUUCAGUAGCCGGCAUAAUCCAGAGAUAAAUAUAGCGAGACUGUCGUCGUCUUCCAGCGAUUCCGACAACUAUAAUAAUCCGAGUAGUAACGUAUCGUACAUGAAUAAUAGCAAGACCGACGCUAUGUCUCAGAAUAAUAUGAAUUCUGCCUCUGAGUCCACGACACCUAAUAACAUAUCGAAGACAUCGAACGAAACAGCGCCCAACUUUGCGGAAGAGUUAGCUAAACGAUUAGGCACCGUUCGCCAAGCGCAGAAGCCCGCAGUCGUGGAUGAAGCCAGCGAAUCGUCGAUCAAUCGAUUUAAAGAUGACUUAUUUGCAUCGGAAAAAGAUGAGGGUGUAUUUAAUGAUGGUGCGGAUAGUCUGUUCAGCAAUAAGAAGGGUCUCUUCGACGAUCAGGUGUCUGCGAACCUAUGGAAAGAGAAAUCGACCAAAUCUUAUAAAAAUAACAUUAUACCGGCUAGUAUUGAUGUACCACCGCCGAUUAGUAUAGUUUCAACGAAGCCGAAGUCAGCGAUCGAUGACCUAUUUGCCGAUGCCGAUUCAGAGGAAGACUCAGACAUCUUCUCGUCGAAGAACACCGUCAAGAAACGCACGAAAGAAUCCUCCGAUAACACAAACACGGAGGACAAGUCGAAGAAAUUCUUGGAUGCUAUAGCACCAGGAUUCGCUAAUAAUAUUGCCACGAGCACACCGGACUCUAAUAUCAAAGCCUCGGGUUUGUUCAGCGACGAUGAGAACGAUGAUGGAGAUCUGUUCGGCAACUCCAAAAAGCAAUCUCAUAAAUCCCCGAGUGCGUCACAUUCUACGAACACGACUCAGGAAUCAAACAGGAAGUUGCCGGUCGGAGGCGUGUCAUUACUCAAUUAUGGGUUCCACGUCGCGUCGGACAUUUCGGAAAACAAACUGGCGAGCCGAAUAAUGCAGCGGCAGCAAGAGUCAUCCGACUCAUCCGAUAGUGAUGCGCCAGGAAAUUCUGAUAGCACGGCAAAGAGCAAUAUCGGGUCAGCAUCCGCUCAGUGGAACACUUCGAGCAAUAUCACGGCGUCCGAAAACGUAUCCGCGGUAAACGAGAACAGCAGCAGCACCAGCGGGAUAUCAAUACGGCCGACCAGCAUCGAUAUCACGUUGCCAUCCGGUUUAUUCGAACGGGAGAUAAUGUCCUCGACGAGGCUCAGAUCCGGAGACGAAGAGAUCUAUCGCGAGCGUGUCACCAGCGACAGCCUAUUUGUGGCGCGAACGAACCAGCCCGUCGACGCCAGCUCGGCGAACGCCAACGACAACACUCAGCAGCAACCGUCGCGGCAGGAACAGGAUAUCUUCUCGCCAGCGCAACAGGACUCUGUGUUCGAGAACGACGAUCUAUUCGGGCCGCCGCCGUUACCUAGCAAGUCGGACUCGAAACGUGCGGCCAAGUCGAAGGUCUCGUCGCUCUUCGACGAUUCCGAUUCCGGCGACGAGCUCUUCUCCGCCGCGAGUUCCGGCUCCCGGUCGCAAAAGAGCACGGAUUUCCUCGGCGCCGCGGCGCCGUCCAACGACAGGGCGAAGCCGCUUCCAAGAAGUGGCGGUUUAUUCGACGACGACGUAGACAUAUUCGGCGGCAAGGACGCCCCGGACGUCGACAUAUUCGGUGUGACGUCGAAAUCGAAGACGAGGGACGUGGUCUCGGAUGAUUUAUUCGACAGUCGCGGCCAGGACUCGAUAGCGGCGAAGAACAGCAACGCCGAUAAAUUGCCACCGACGAGAAUGGAGUCAAAGAAGAUCAGCUUGUUCGAUGACGGCGACGGCGACGGCGACGACGGCGAUCUGUUCGCCGUGAAGCCGACGAAGUCCAAGAAUGAGCGCAAGACUGAGCUUUUCGAAGACGAUCUGUUUCUAUCAACCGAGGCAAGCAGUAAAGAACGCUCUUCGUUAGGGAAAGACGCAGCAGUUGAACCAAAGAUCGACGUUUCAAAGAACGUUUCUAGUCUCGAAGCUAAAAAGAUGGACAAGGAUUUUUCGCAAGGCGAGCUAUUCUCGAAAACUACAAAAACUCGCAGCCUGUUCGAGGAGGACGACGAUUACGAUGAUCUAUUUGGCACAAAAGAUGCAGUACAGCGCAAUAAUGAUCGUUUAAAAUCUGAAUCCAAAGAAGAAAUUGACAAAAAGGUUAUCGAUCGAGUACAGAAACUUCCCGAAAGAGAUAAAGACUCAUUGGAGUCUUCGAGUUCAAAUCUUGACGCAAAAACGACGACAGACUCGAGCGUCGUCGUCGAGAAAAGUGUAAAUGAAGAGAGGAGUAAAGCUGAACUCGAAGAAACGUUCCCUAAAGAGGAUAGUACAACAAAGAGAAACUCGCCGCCGAAGACGUUGAACAUUCGGACAAUCCCCUCACCGCCGUCUGAGGACCAGAACAACCAGCAAGCACCGCGAAAAUUGGUGUCCGGUAAAAUAAAGAAUCUGAUGGGGAAGAUGGGUGACUUAAAAAUACUCUCGCCGAUGGACGCGCCGCCGUUGUGGAGAAAAAGCGAGGAAAAGCCGGACGAAGACGAGGACAUCGUGGACAAGGACGGUGAUCUGAGCAUCGCUGGACGCGUUUCGCCUCCAAGCGUAUCGGAGGGUAGCGCGCGAAAAGAGUCCUCGUACUCGACGAUCUCUUCUACUAGUAACACAGAAGUGGCCAUAAACUUCGACGAUCUUGCUCAAGUAGAAACGUUAUCAACUACCGCGUCAAAGAGUCGAGUAAGGAUUCAAGCGAAACGUCGCCCUCCGAGUCGUCACGCUCGGAAGUCUGCGCUGCGGCACAGCGGCAUUGACUUCGACACGGUUGAUAACGCAGACAACGAUAAUUCCCAGGAAGAGAGUCACACCAGCACCUUCUCGUCUACCAAAGACUUGUCCGCCGCUCCGACAAACAACGCUACCGAUCACUUGACUGUCCACGACAACGCUCAGCGCCCUAUCGAGCCUUCUUCCAUGGAUGACAGAUCUGAGCUAGGUAGCAUCAGCAAGGAGAGCUCGAUGAGCGUAAACAAGAACACUUUGCUGUCACCGUCGACCGACGAGGAGGAUCUUUUUGACGUGCCGCCAGACUUGCCGGAAGAUCCGCAGAAGGAGGACGCGUUGUUCGGUAGGGCGCCGAUACUUUCGCCGGUCGACAGCGGGCGAUCCGACAAAAUGUCCGUCGCCGUUGAACCUUUGAUUGAGACUGUGAUUAGAAAGAUCGAUGACAACGACAUUACGAGUAACAAAGGCGAUAAACAAGAUUCCGACGAGUUGACGCAAUCAGAUGCACACGGUAAGUCGGAAAGUAAAAAGAGAGAUGAUAAGCAUAAGGAAAUAGAUGAUGAACUGAGUGAAGCGAAAAUAGAGUCCAGUGAAGAGCCGUGCGAUCCUCUACGCGACAGUAGCCAUGAUCCGUUGAAAGAUCCUAGUCAGUUGUUCGCGUUCGUUACGAAGACACCGUCACCUGAGAAAAGCAAAGGCUUGUUGUUCACCGAGCCCGACGACAGUCUGUUCUCUAGCGGCCCGGCGAGGAAGCCGAGCGUGCUGAAGAAGAAAGAGAUACUGGACUUGUUCGCGGACGACGACACAGGCGGCGAUCUGUUCUCUGCCGCACCGUUGAAGAGAACGGUGAAGAAACCACUGCGAGAAACGAAGAUCGAUCUGUUCGGCGAUGAUAACGCGCAGAACGACGAGGACGAUAGUUUGUUCGGCAGCGUGUCUAGCAAGAUGAAGCUGGAUAAUCAAAAGUCAAAUCCCGCUCAAGUUGUACGAAAGAAGAACCUCUUCGACGACGACGACGACGAUGAUUCCAGUCUGUUCAUCGAGUCGUCCGGGCAAUCGCAGAAGUCAGACAGCGCGUCGUUUUCAGAAUCCAAGCCCGAUCUACCCGAUUCUCAAACUAAAAGCACAUCGAAUCUCAAAGAUAUUUUCGGCGACGCGCCAUGCGACGACGACGACGACGUUGAUCUUUUUGCCACGAAGAAAGUUGUUCCUAAGAAAGUCAUUGCAUCGUCCAAGUCUCUGUUUGCAUCGGACGACGACGACGACGACGACGACAGCCAUAUCUUCGGCAAACAGUCAUCCGCGUCGAUCGAUUCGAAGGCGCGGUUGAUUGCGACGAAUUCGAGACCAGCCAUGAAGAAAUCGGUCACCAGGGACCUGAAGAAAACGGCCGAGAAGAUCGUCGAGGAUCCAUUAAGUCUUCUUCAAGACGAUUAAGUUUGUUUCCUCGAUACAAAUACCGAUGAGAUUUCUCUCAGCCACAAAAGUUUAUGCACAUUUCUGCAAUGUAAUACAGCAGACUGAUAAAUUAACUCGGACGACUUGGGUUCGUUGUGACCCAUAUCGAUUGCAUUUAUUCGAUUAAAUUUGUAAAACUUAAUUGACACAUUAAAAUAUAAUUAUUAUCAAUUUUUGUAUGAGAGCAAUUGGAAAUUAUAUACGCGUAUAUGUUGCCAAAUAAUUUAUAUCUUUGAAUUGUGAUAUUUUGUUUCUAGUAUUUUUGUUUAUUAUUCUAAUAGUGCAUAAUUUUAGAGAGAAUUAAAAAUUCUAAGAAAUUAUUCUAAAUGCAUUAGUCAUAGACUUUUGUGGCUCAAUUAGUCAUAUAUAUAUUUAUGUGUAUAUAUAUAUAUAUUUUUUAUUUAUAUUUUAUUACGUCACAGUCACUUGCCUAUAGUAUAAAAAAACUUUGCAUGUUGAUGGAGAGUGGACAGCGUGUAAUUUGCAAACAUCGGAGAGUUUUAUUUCUCAUUCGUAGCUGUGUCACUCGUAUAGUUAUAUAUUUUCCGUAUGAUUGUUUCCUUCAAUUUUCGCGUGCAAAUUUCGUCUCGUGCUUGUGAUUUAUGUCGUAUAUAUUAUCCUAAUGUUAAUUAAAGAUUAGUACAAUAAAAUUUA